AUCCAACCCCUGAAUACUUCCCAAGGGUCAUCGAUAUGCGUACCAAGCUUUUCAUCACCGGAGUGACCGGCUACAUUGGCGGCGAUGCCUUAUAUUACCUCUCGCAGCACCACCCAAACCUUGAAUAUGCCGCCUUGAUUCGCUCAGAGGAGAAAGCGAACCGAGUUCGCGAGGCAUAUCCUAGUAUCCGCACUGUUAUUGGCAGUCUAGACGAUUCGGAGAUUCUUGUAAAAGAAGCCGCCUGGGCGGAUAUUGUUCUUCACACCGCCGACGCCUCCGACCACGUUGGCGCAGCCAAUGCCAUCGCCAAGGGAAUGAUCGAAGGCCAUUCCCCCGAAAGACCGGGCUACUGGCUGCACACCGGCGGCACCGGAAUCUUGACAUACUUUGAUUCCGAAGUGAAGAAAGUCCAUGGUGAAAAUGACGACAAAGAAUUCAACGACGAUGAGGGAGUAGGUGAACUUGUCAAUCUUCCCGCGGAUGCGUUCCACCGCAACGUCGACGAGAUCGUUCUUAAGACCGGAACCGUGUAUGCCGACAAAGUGAAGACGGUUAUUGUUUGUCCACCUACGAUCUAUGGAAAAGGAAGAGGACCUGUAUCCUCUCGCGGUAGACAGGCAUAUGAGCUUGCUAGCUUCAUCUUGAAACAGGGGUACACCCCUCAAAUCGGAAAGGGUCUGGCACGUUGGAAUAAUGUGCAUGUUUAUGACCUGAGCACAUUGUUUGGGGCUCUCGUUGAUGCAGCACUUAAUCCUAGCAAGAAGGCUGACAAGGAGAUCUGGGGUGAGAAGGGGUACUUUCUCUGUGAAAACGGUGAGCAUGUCUGGGGUGAUUUGGCGAAGUUGGUUGGGGAGCAGGCACAUGCUUUGGGAUUAUUGAAGAGGAAGCCGGGAGUCAAAGAGCUGUCCCUUGAGGAGGCUGUCAAGUCGCCGGCGGGCUUUGAGGCUGCAAGUUGGGGUUGGAAUUCUCGCGGCAAGGCGCUGAGAGGAAGGAGGGAGGAAGUGCGGGAUAUUCUGAAGGCAGAAGCAGCGAGGUUGGGAAUCUGA